AUGUCCAACCCUGCACUGGAGAUUUCGGAGACCAUUCAGGCGGCGCAUAUCCGCUCGAAUCCUUCUCCGACUCACGAUAUCAACCCCUCUACCGCGGCCUCGGAGAAACACCCCGUUGUCGUUGGCCCGGCUUCCGACGCUGGCAGCCUCCCAUCGGACUUUGUUGACCCCAGCCGGGUCAUUCGUCCUGUCCGCCGCCGUCACACGCUUCCUCCCCUACCGGAUCUUCGUUUUGAGCAGAGCUACCUUGCCAGUAUCAAGGACGCCGAUACCUGGGGCCGCGUGGCGUGGAUCACUGUCCGAGACCAGGUUCUCCUCCCUCUCAUCCAAGGCACCGUCUGGACUCUCGCGCUCUCGGGGUGGCGCUUCUGGAACCGCACCGCCUCGCUCAGCGGCCAAACUGUCGGCAGCCGAAUCCGCAGGUGGUGGUAUGAUGUCAACAACUGGAAGCUGCCUCCUAUGAAAUGGUCCAAGGAUCCUAAGCUGGCUGAGCAAGCUGGAGAUGUAAGCAGAUCCCUUUCCCUGCCCCCAGGGUUGCAGUCCAUUUUGACAGGACAUAUAGAACUAACGGCGCCGGAGUUCUUGCAGUUUUACGAGGCUCAAUUUUCCAACACAGGGUCCAAUUGA